CCGUUCUAUAGCAGGCGCCAUUUUCCUUUGAGAAGAACAGCACCCUGAGCAUCAUCCUAGUUAGACGUCACUGUCUUUGCCGAAAUGGCAGUGUAAAAGUGUGCCGCGACCCAGCAGCAACAAACAAAACAGUGCAUCCAGCCAGUGCACUGAGUCACCUCUAACUCAGAAACAUGUCGUCCCACGUGGAAACCUUCAGCACUGCUGCUUUUGACAGCAUAAAAGAGUUAAUCGCCACCCUAAUUUCGUCACACGCCCCUUUUGUGACCAACAACCACCACUAUGACCAUGACGAUGACAAGCUCACAGUUUGGCCUGGAAGACAUGGAGGCCCUUCUCUGGGGGCCUUCCUCUCCCAUGGUUGAUACCAUGGACCUCGUGUUUCUUCACCCUGACAAAAACGAACGACAGGAAGGCGGAGGAGGCUCGCCGCCGGGGCGUGUGUCGCCCCUCGCCUCCUCGGCACUUUCUUCUUCAUCCUCCCCUCCACCUUUCUACUCUCCUCCUCCCUCACCGCCAGCUCUUGGCCUCGGCGGGGACAAAGCCGGGACGGAGUCCGAGCUGCUCUCCCUCUCUUGGUUGGACCACCCCGUUCAGCCAAGAUCGAGUCAGAUGGUUUCAGGGGACAGCAAAGACGAUGCGCUCAGCGAUCUGGACUGGAUGGCUGAGAGGGUGGAUCUCAGUGACUUUGACCUGGACUCCCUGAUUGGCUCCUGCAGUCCUGUUGAAGAUGCCCCCAGCUCUCCAGAAGAUCUCCUUGCUUCCCUGGAUUGUCCCAUGGAGCUCGACUCCUUCCCCCUGCCAACCCUCUCAAGUGCUCCUUCUGCUUCCUUUGCCCAUGUCCCCUCUGUCUCCGGUUCCGACCCCUCUGUUACCACAGGUAGUGAGUCUGAAUCCCUCACUGGAGGGCAAGAGGUUCCCUCCUCCCCACUCCUGGUCCCAGAGCCUCAAGAGGAGCUUGAAGUUAAGUCCGAACCUGCUUCUCUCGGCCCGUCCCCCUGCGUGAUCGACUCCCCAUCCUCUCCGGCCUUUACGCUGGACCUGGGAAGCGAGGUGGACAUCUCCGAGAGCGAGGUGAAGUCCGUCGUAGCCUCCGUGGUGCCUCAGGUACCAAAGAUCGUAUUCUCACUGUCCCCGACGCGCAUCGUCCUCGUCCUGACUCCCAAAAACGACGUCGGGGUCACUCCAGCCGCCGCUCCUCGCUCCCCGCCGGCCUCUCCGCCGCAGAAGUCCCCCAGAAGCAGGCCCUACCCUGAUCCCAAGCACAGAGCCAGCCCACCCUUCCCCUGCACUGAUGAUGUUAAGUCUGUCCGGGCUGCAGGCGGAACCGAAAGGUCAACUUUGAAAGCGCCAAGGGACAAGAAGCAGAAGAAGAUGGAGCAGAAUAAGACGGCCGCCACGCGCUACAGGCAUAAGAAGAGAGCCGAGCAAGACGCUCUACUGGUUGAGCACGCUCAGCUGGAGAGGAAGAACGUGGAGCUGACGGAGAAGGCCGAAUCCAUGGCCAGGGAGAUCGGGUAUCUGAAAGAGCUGAUGGAGGAAGUUCGCCAGACGAGGCUUAAAAAGGGGCUUAGGGCUGACCCCUAGUGGUCAGACAUAUAGAUGACUGAUGGUCGCAAAUGAAAAGGACUGAGCAGGUUUUCUUUAAUCCAAGCUAUCAGUAUAGCAUGUCUUGGAAUUUAAUUCUACAUGUAUCUAACACCGGUAUUAUACUCCUAUCAUGUAUUAAUCAUAAAAAAUUAUUUUUAAAGUAUUUCCCACCCAGAAUAUAUAAUCUUGUCUGGAGCUACUUGCAUGUUCUUUCUGCCAGCUAUGGACCUCAAUGUAGCGCGAAUAUAAGAUGUAUUUUUAAAGUUUGUGUGUAACACAGUAUAACCUGACUGUAUCUAGACUGAAUCUCUUCAUAAAAGAGUCUUAAACCAAA